UGAACAACAGCAGCAAAGUAAGCCGCACCAUGGGUGAGAUCAACCAAGAUGCCGUGGAGAAAUACCUGGAGGAGAAUCCUCAGUUUGCCAAGGAGUACUUUGACAGGAAGUUGCGGGUAGAGGUGCUGGGAGAAAUCUUCAAGAACAGCCAGGUGCCAGUCCAGUCCAGCAUGUCCUUUUCUGAGCUGACCCAGGUGGAGGAGUCGGCCCUGUGCUUGGAGCUGCUGUGGACUGUGCAGGAGGAGGGGGGCACCCCAGAGCAGGGGGUUCACAGGGCCCUGCAGAGGCUGGCCCACCUGCUCCAGGCUGACCGCUGCAGCAUGUUCCUGUGCCGGUCCCGGAACGGCAUACCUGAGGUGGCCUCUAGGUUGCUGGAUGUCACCCCCACCUCCAACUUUGACGACAACCUGGUGGGUCCUGACAAAGAAGUUGUGUUUCCACUGGACAUUGGGAUAGUGGGUUGGGCUGCUCACACGAAGAAAACUCAUAAUGUCCCAGAUGUGAAAAAGAACAGCCAUUUUUCUGACUUCAUGGACAAGCAAACAGGAUAUGUCACUAAGAACCUGCUGGCAACCCCGAUCGUGAUGGGCAAGGAAGUUCUUGCUGUGAUCAUGGCAGUUAACAAAGUAAAUGCAUCUGAAUUUUCCAAACAGGAUGAAGAGGUCUUUUCCAAAUACCUCAACUUUGUGUCUGUCAUCCUAAAGCUUCAUCAUACCAGCUACAUGUACAAUAUUGAAUCCCGAAGAAGCCAGAUCCUUAUGUGGUCAGCCAAUAAAGUAUUUGAAGAACUCACAGAUGUUGAGCGACAGUUUCACAAAGCGCUCUACACAGUUAGAACAUAUCUGAACUGUGAACGAUACUCCAUUGGACUGCUGGACAUGACCAAGGAGAAGGAAUUCUACGAUGAAUGGCCAAUCAAGCUGGGAGAAGUAGAGCCUUAUAAAGGUCCAAAGACACCUGAUGGCAGGGAGGUCAACUUUUAUAAAAUCAUUGAUUACAUUUUACAUGGAAAAGAAGAGAUCAAAGUGAUUCCGACGCCUCCUGCAGACCACUGGACGCUCAUUAGUGGGUUGCCAACAUAUGUUGCUGAAAAUGGAUUUAUCUGUAACAUGAUGAAUGCCCCUGCGGAUGAAUACUUCACAUUUCAGAAAGGACCUGUAGAUGAAACUGGUUGGGUCAUUAAGAAUGUUUUGUCGCUGCCUAUUGUCAACAAGAAAGAAGAUAUUGUGGGAGUGGCUACAUUUUACAACAGGAAGGAUGGAAAACCUUUCGAUGAGCAUGAUGAAUACAUUACUGAGACUCUCACACAAUUUCUUGGAUGGUCUCUUUUAAAUACUGACACCUAUGAUAAGAUGAAUAAGCUAGAAAACAGAAAGGACAUUGCUCAGGAAAUGCUCAUGAACCAAACCAAAGCCACUCCUGAAGAAAUUAAGUCCAUUUUGAAAUUUCAAGAGAAGUUAAAUGUUGAUGUAAUUGACGACUGUGAAGAAAAACAACUUGUUGCAAUUUUGAAAGAGGACUUGCCAGACCCACGCUCUGCAGAACUGUACGAAUUCCGCUUCAGUGACUUCCCCAUUACAGAGCACGGAUUGAUUCAAUGUGGAAUACGACUGUUUUUUGAAAUAAAUGUGGUGGAGAAAUUCAAAGUACCCGUAGAGGUUCUUACCAGAUGGAUGUACACUGUGAGGAAAGGGUACCGAGCUGUCACUUACCACAAUUGGCGGCAUGGGUUCAACGUGGGACAGACCAUGUUUACUUUGCUGAUGACAGGAAGAUUAAAGAAAUACUAUACGGAUCUUGAAGCCUUUGCCAUGCUCGCUGCUGCUUUCUGCCAUGAUAUUGACCACAGAGGCACUAAUAAUUUGUACCAGAUGAAAUCCACAUCUCCAUUAGCAAGACUUCAUGGUUCUUCUAUUUUGGAGAGGCACCACCUGGAGUACAGUAAGACUCUGUUGCAGGAUGAGAGUUUAAACAUCUUCCAGAACCUAAAUAAGCGGCAGUUUGAAACAGUUAUUCAUUUGUUCGAGGUCGCAAUAAUAGCAACUGACCUGGCUUUAUAUUUCAAGAAGAGAACCAUGUUUCAAAAAAUUGUUGAUGCCUGUGAACAAAUGCAAACUGAGGAAGAAGCCAUCAAAUAUGUAACUGUUGAUCCAACCAAAAAAGAGAUUAUCAUGGCAAUGAUGAUGACCGCAUGUGACUUGUCUGCUAUCACCAAACCCUGGGAGGUACAAAGUCAGGUAGCACUUAUGGUUGCAAAUGAAUUUUGGGAACAAGGAGAUCUGGAGAGAACAGUAUUGCAGCAACAACCCAUUCCUAUGAUGGACAGAAACAAGAGAGAUGAACUACCUAAACUUCAAGUUGGAUUUAUUGAUUUUGUUUGUACUUUUGUAUAUAAGGAGUUCUCACGGUUUCACAAAGAAAUCACACCUAUGCUGAGUGGUCUUCAGAAUAACAGAGUAGAAUGGAAAUCUCUAGCUGAUGAGUAUGAUGCAAAGAUGAAGGUCAUUGAAGAGGAGGCAAAAAAGCAAGAAGAAGGAGCCGAAAAAGCUGCUGAAGAUUCAGGAGGUGGUGAUGACAAAAAGUCCAAAACAUGUUUAAUGUUGUAAUAUAAUCUAACUGGUCUAAACUUCAAAUAUCGUUUUACCUUUGAAGAAAACCAGAAAAUAUUCAAAAGAACUUCAACAAAUCAUCAAGUAACAGAGUAAGAGGAUCUUCAGAAAAACUACCCUGUGACUAUGAAGAAAAUACAUAUUGCUAGCCCAAAAACCCCAAGGGCAAAAUAAAGUUCAACAAAAGUGCAAAAUAUGACAAAAAUGGGUACAUUUUUCGUGCCAAUUUAUUUUAAAUUAAAAAAUAUGCAAUCCUGAAACUAGUCACAAAUUCUUUUUUAAAACAUUAAUUGUAUUUAUUUGCUAAGGCUGCUAUAACAAAGUACCACAGACUGGGCGCUUAACCAAUAGAAAUGUAUUUUCUCAAAGUCUUGGGGGCUGGAAGUUCAAGAUCAAGGAGUUGGCAGGGUUGGCUUCUUGGGAGGUCUCUCAACUUGGUUUGCAGAUGGCCAUCUCCUCCCUGUGUCUUCACAUGGUCUUCCCUCUGUGUGUCUGUGUCCUAAUCUCCUUUUCUUAUAAGGACUCCAGUAGGACUGGAUUAGGGCCUACCCAUGUGACCUCAUUUUAGUCUUAAUUACCUCGUUAAUGGCCUUAUCU